UCACCUUUUGUUUCCUGCAUCUCUCUUAUCGCAAAAAAAUGGCUGGGGAAAAGGAGACUAAGCCCUUCACAAGUUCGGGAAUCAACGGAAAUGGAAAUAUGAGCGAUUGGAGCAUUUCCACAAUCGUUUCUUUCCUACAAUCCAGUUUUAUUCCCAAUGAUUUUGCUCUGGUAGAAGCUGAACUCUUAGCAAGGCAAAACAGAUCGAAUCUGGAAAUCAAGUCACUGAAACAGGAAACCCGUUCGUCUUCCAACAAAUUCGACGAGAUCAGGUUGGAAAAAAUGGGUCUCGCGGAGGAGCUGAAAAAAUGCACAACAGAGGUGGAGGAGAUGAGGAGCGAGCUUUCAAGGUUAAGGGUGGAGAACAUGGCUUUAAGGCGGAAGGAGAAGUCCGCCGAAGAAAGGUGCGAGAGAUUAACGGAGGAAUUGAAGCUCAUGAGGGAAAAAGACCAUGAAAUCAUCGAUUUGAAAGCCAAGAACCGUGAGCUUGAAUGUGCCAAAGCCAAGGCCGAAUCUGAGAUGGAAAUCAUGAGGUCGAGAUUUCAGGAGUUGGACAAGCGGGUUUACACUAUAGAAAAUGGCCUUACAAUUGGGGCAGACGAAGAUUUGGAGAACCACAGUGGCCCAUCACCAAAUGCUGGGAGUGGGGGACUUCCAUCUCAAAACGUUGUGAUUGUUGAUCUUGAUAGUGAUGAUGAUUCUGCUCCAGUUGGAAAUCCGAGUGAAAGGAGAAUCACUAGUCCAACCCAGAACGUGAAUUCAGCUCAAAUUUGUGUUGAAAAUGUGACUCCAGCUCUGAAGAGAAAACAUGUUUCAUCUAUAGAUGCAUGUGAGAGUGAAAAUGUGAUAAUGGUGAUACUACAAUAUCCGGGAAGUUAAAGACAAGGAAAGUUCAAGAGCCUUUUUGCAGGCCUGAUGAUUGUCCUCUUAAUCAGUGCUCAACGACUUCGAUACCUUCUGAUAACAACAGGGUUAACAGAGCCACCCCAAGCGAAGAUUUUAUGGUUUCGGGACAACAUGAACAGCAAUUAGAAUCUAAGCAGAAUUCUCGGGAACUUAUGAGUGGAGGUUUUCCUUUGGAAGGGCUUUGUUUUUCUGAUGGCACUUCUGUUUCCUCUGAUUCUGAAUCCGAUGAUGAUAGUGAUGAAGUGCCUAUUUCCUUCAAUCCUUCUCAGCUUGCACCAGAGGCUCAGAGGGAUAACAGAAAUUAACUCCACUGAUGGAUGGCCUCUAUUACAUAUAUAUAGGAAGACCCAAAACCAUCUUUGUCACAUUGCCCCACUUGACAAAUUAUCUGUCAUGCACAGACGCUUUUCCAAUAUCUGCUGCUCUUUCUGUUCAUUGAUAGUAAAAGCGAUUUUGGUUGAUAUCUUGAAGACGGGUUCUGAUAGAAACUAGUUACAUGCAUGAGAACAAUUAUGAAGUAAAAGAUAGAAGUAGAGUAGGGUAGAGGGGGAGAUGCUUGUUGAUUGUUUCCAACUGUCAGGGUUGGAGAAGAAGAAGAAGAACGGCGAGGAAGUAUCGAAGAACAAUUGGGAAAUGAGGAUCGAGGGUUAGGGAUUGAAGACAGAAAUUGAGAAUUAAAUCAUGUGAGAGGCACGGGGUCACUUACCACAUCAGUAAAGCAGGCCAUGCAGAGUAAAUGUCUGAAGGAGCAGCCCAAUACCGAAGGCCCAGUACCUGAGGAAGAAAAGAAAGAGAAGAAUCAAUAUGUUAUAUAGUUGGGACAGCUGGCAUGAAACGUGUGGCAAAUGUAACUAAAUAAUUAACAGACUUGGUUGUA